AUGUCGUCCAAUUCAGCUCAGAAUACUGCACCCUCCAAAGCAGUCAAUAUCUCGAAUAUCUCGCCUGCAACCCCCACAUUUCACUCGACAGCUCUAUCCGACAGUUCUCAAAGACGUACAGGUGGAUCCGGUAGUUUCGGAUCGGGGUCAUCUUCCAGGAACGCUCCAACGCCAAGGAAUCUUCAAGGUCGAAAAAGUCAGCAUAAUCGUCAAAAGAAACCGAAGUUACUGGAUGAUGAUGAAUAUAGUGAAUCAGCCGUCAUGAGAUCAGCAAACAGCCGCAAAGGACAGCAGUCCAUCACCCAUUUGAUGAACUUUUCUCUCCCACCUCGACCGCAAAAUCAACCUUUACGCAAUCCUCGGCGCUACAACGCAUGGUCGGCGGGAUCUGGGUAUCAUGCAGUUGACAAAUCGCGCUAUGUUCAUGCCAACUAUCGGUUCAUUGUAACACCAGACCAUAAUUAUCAUGCACAGGCGGCCAACGCCGAUGUUCACCUAGACUGGGCCUCUGUGCUUCAAGUGCUAGUUUCUGCCCUGACUCAGGAAGCCAGUUGUCCAAUUUGUUUAUGUACACCUACUGCCCCGCGCAUGGCCCGGUGUGGACAUAUCUUUUGUUUGCCUUGUCUGAUUCGGUAUAUGCACUCAUCCGACGAAGACAGUAUAGUCCCCGAGAAGAAAGCCCGAUGGAAAAAAUGUCCAAUUUGUUGGGACUCGAUCUAUUCCUCUGAAACUCGGCCUGUCCGCUGGUUCCGUGGCCAGGAAGGUGACCUGCCUGUUGAAGGCGGUGAUGUUGUGCUGAGAUUGGUCAGGCGAGAGACCAAGAGCACUCUUGCUCUUCCUCGCGAUGGUGGCGAGAUUCUUGGCUCCGAGGAAGAUAUCCCAUGGUUCCAUGUGGCGGAGGUCGCCGAUUAUGCUCGAAUCAUGAAGGGAGGUCAAGACUACAUGACAGAGCAAUUCAAUGCGGAGAUUGAAGAUCUACGUCGACAGGAGGUUGAAGAUGAACUUUUGUUUGGCGACGAGAAUACUUGGACCCGAAAGGCAAUCGGCGCUAUAACAGCCGCAAAAGAUAAUCUAAAGGGCAUUGGGAAUCCAACAGAUGUUCCCCAACACAUGUCAAUCACUGGGGUAAGAGAAACGACCGCUUUCCCUGAUGCAGAAACAUCUGCAGCUGAUUCAUCUGAACGCGAAACGACAAGUCCUAUUAUUUUGUCCCAUGAAGUAGUACCUGAGUCUGGCACGGACGCAAGCAAUCCAUUAGCAGAGUCUUUCUCAAGUCCGGCAGCAAUAGAUGAAGUGGAUCAUCUCUCGGAGGCCAUGGGUAAAGUUGAAGUUAACCCUGAAUCCAAUACGAGAUCACAACGAAGGGGCAAAAGCAAGGCGACUGAAGUCUCUCAACUAUCCGACCAGCCUUAUUACUUUUACCAAGCCCUCCCUCAGUUUUACCUAUCUUCCCUCGAUAUUCGCAUUCUCAAAACUGCCUUCAAAGAAUACGCUCUAUUUCCUGCGACUAUUCUACCACGGGUGGAGCACAUUUCUACGGGCCACAUUGUUGAUGAUGAACUGCGCAAGCAUGUCAAAUAUCUGGGACACCUCCCUCACGGAUGUGAAGUUAACUUCCUUGAGUGUGACUGGAGAGAUGUGGUGGUACCAGAGGUAUUGGAACAAUUCCGCACUGAGAUUAAUAGAAGACGAAAGCGCAACCGAGAUAAGGAGGCUCGGGAGGAGAAGGAUCGUAUUCGUGCGGAGAAAGAGGAAGAAGACAAACGAUGGCAAGCUGCACGGCGCAGGCGACCCAGCAUUGGUGAUGUUAGCGAAGCCCCCUUUAAUGCGCAAGACUUCCUACCGCUAGCCAGUCAAGCUGAGCUAUCAAUUUAUAAUCCUGAAGCCUCAUCUGCUUCACCUCCUCGCCCGUCGUCACAAUUUGGGGCAUUGGCUUCACCUUCCACUUCUCCGCCAGGUGUCCGUACUGUCUGGGGGACAACGGCAGUGUCAUCUACUUCUCCCACCUUGAAGCCAUAUUUCACCCGCGACGAUGGGUGGCGGCAAGAUUGGGAAGAUGAGCUACUGGCUCAACAGGAGUCUGAAUUGAUUGCUCUGGCAGCUCCAGAGAGUCAAUCUUCAGGGCCUUCAACGGGAAAUAACAAAAAGAAAAAGAAAAACAAGACCAAGAUCACAUUGAUGUCUACUAACAGUCACCGAGGCGCAUGA